AGGGGACCUGUGGCCUCAAACAUUUUGGUAAAGGUUCCCCUCCGAGGCUUUCUGGAGACACAGACCUGUCACUGUUGGCAGCAAGCAUGCGGGAGCUGGGUGAGGUGCACCUACAGUUUGCCAUGUCACCCCGCACGUUGUGCGGGUUGACAGCGCAGUUUUUGGUCGGAAGUAGGGUUUUUGUUUUGUUUUUGAGUCUGGAAUCCCUGCAGACCUCGAACUCAGGGUCUUUUGAGUCUCUGCCUUCAGAGUUUCAGAGCUUACAGGUACACGCCACCGUACCUCACUUCCGUCAUUUUGUCCCUAAGGAUGUCUGGGACGUUUGGGCUUCCCACUAAUUUUGCAGGUUUCUUUGGAAACGUUUUCUUUUGUCUGGCUCAGCUGUUCUGAAGGGGCUCUGUCCUCGAGGAUUCCCUCAGAACAGUGACUCACUUGGCAACAUGGGAGCAAACGGGAGGAAGCUGACUUAAAGGUUUCUAUUCUGGCGGAAACAGGUACUGAGGGAAGUCUCAAGCAGCCGUUCUUGUCCCCACUCCUACGAAUGUUCUUUUCUGAUCCACCCACCGUCCUGAGGCAGUGAGAUUGUAGGAAGUUGGGCUUGAGAUAGACACAGUGGCUUUUGUUUUGUCCCCUUUGCCCUCCUCGAGACAGAGCCUUGCUAUGUUGCCUGGACUGGCCUUGAAACUCCAGCUGAAGCAAGAUACUUGCCUUAGUUGCAUGAGUAGCUGGAACUGCAACUAUGCAAGGCUUGCAUUACUGUGGCAGGCCUGACUGAGUUUUGUGAUUAGGAAUAACUUAAGAUGCUUUAGUUAAAAGGUUAUCUUCUGAUGACCUACCCAGUAAGCCGGAAAUCAAAGCUUCUGUUCGUACCUCUCAAAUGGCAAGCUCUCGUGAUUUGUUUCCUGAUUAUCUUUCUAUAUUUGCUUUCCAUCAUUUUCUUGAGGUAAAGGCGCCCUAUUCUUUCAUGUCAACCAUCAUGCUAGUCUCCGAUCCACCUUCCUCCGGGACCAUUUUUCAAACUGCUCCUGGAACGACUGUUGAACAACAGGCAGUGCCUCAGGAAGAGAAGGAGGUUUUGUGGUUGGUUAAGUGGGGGUUUCAUUGAGACAGGUCUCUGCAGCCUCAUCUGGCCUCAAACCUACAGUAUUUCUCUUACCUCAGCAAGAGUUCUAAGGGUGAGCCACUGAGCUUCGUUUGUUUGUUUUUAUGUCUCCCGUUUCAUCACUUUCUAGCUUUAAAAAAACUGUGUGUGCCAGGCAGUGGUGGCGCACGCCUGUAAUCCCAGCACUCUGAGAGGCAGAGGCAGGCGGAUUUCUGAGUUCGAGGCCAGCCUGGUCUACAGAGUGAGCUCCAGGACAGCCAGAGCUAUACAGAGAAACCCUGUCUCCAAAAAAAAAAAUCCAAACAAGCAAACAAACAAAAUUGUGUGUGUGCUGCUUAUGUGGGGGUGCCCAAGGAGGCCAGCAGAGGAUGUGGGUUCCUCUGUAGCUUGAGUUACAGGGAGUUACAUGUUCCUGAGUGUGGAUGCUAGGAACGAAGCUCAGGACCUCUGAAAGCAAGCACAGGGUUCUCUUAACCACUGAGUCAUCUCUCCACAGAAUUUUGACAAGCUCUAGUUUUUAUGUAUAAAAAACUUAGACUGACACUGUAGACUAAAAUAGAAAAUAGCUUAACACAAGGCCUUGUUAAAACAAGGCUUAACACAGGUAUACUAACUUUCUGGGAUACUCUGUUCACAUAGAAAUAUUGGAUGUCAUUUCUUUUUCUCUCCCCCCCCCCCUUUGUUAAGAUUUGUUUAUUUUAUAUAUGUGAGUACACUGUCACUCUCUUCAGACACACCAGAAGAGGGCAUCAGAUCCCAUUACAGAUGGCUGUGAGCCACCAUGUGGUUGCUGGGAAUUGAACUCAGGACCUCUGGAAGAACAGUUAGUGCUCUUAACCGCUGAGCCAUCUCUCCAGCCCUAGAUGUUUUUUCUUAAGCCUGAUAUUCUCCCUCUGUAGACUGCUCGCUGCCUUUCCCUACUUACCUGACUAGAGACCUCCACUCUGAACAGAACAGAUCACACUUUUCCCGGAAGUCCUCCCUGUACCUCUCCUUCCAUGUGUGUUUACAUCACUUUGUCUCACUGUGCUGGUGUAUUUCAUGUGUCUCUUUUAUAAUUUCAACCUCCUUUCAAGGAGACUAAUUUAUCCCUCUUUUUAUUUUCAGAAUUUAGUAGGGUUCUUGUAUGUACUGAGCGAUAUAAAAUAUGUUCCUUGAACCUUCUGUUUGUGAUGAGAGAUUGUUGCCAGCUUGUUACCGAACCGCCUUGGCAGGGCUGGCUGUUGCGCACGGAUGAGCACUUCUGGGCGUGGCUCCUUAACUGUGAUGUACUCUGGGCAGCUCUUUAAUCGUACCAGGUUGUAGAUCUGAAUUUUAAUAGACUUUGGAACUGUGGUGCCAGCAGGGUCACACACUCAGUAGGUGGGAUUUGACAAGUCGGAUAUGGUGUAAUCAUUUAUAUUGGAAGAUGUUCAGGUUUUGAGACCCUAUCUCAAAACAAACAGUAACACCCAAGGUUGUGGUGAUUCAAAUAAAAGGUCCCACAUUGUCUCAGGCAUUCAGAGUUUUGGUUCCCACUUGGUGUCAGUGUUUCAGGAGGUUUGAGAGUGGUACUAAUAGUGCUGGGGUGGGCUCUGAGAGUCUGUGCAGCUUCCUGCUUGCAGUUCAACACAUGACCCUCUGGAACUGUAAGUGCAAAUAAACUGUUUUCUAUAAGUUGCCUUGGUCAUGGUGUUUUAUCACAGCAAUAGAAGACCAACACAAUGGUGGAAGCCACCCACCCAGAAUCCGCUAACCUCCCCUUGCUAGCGAACAUCAUAACAAGUGGACAGACACCAACUUAACAAUCCUUUUACCUUUGCUCCUGAGUGCUCGGAUUCCAGGCAUCCGCCAGUCAUGCCCAAGUUUGCCACAUAAAAUCCUAAGAGCUGAGCACACUGUGCUGGCUGGCUUCAUGUGAACUUGCCUCAAGCUAGUUAUUUGGGAAGAAGCUUGAGAAAAUGCCCCACCAGAUAGGCCUGUGGACAAACCUGUUGUGCAGUUUCUUGAUCUGAUGAUUGAUAUGGGAGGGACAUUGUGGGAAGAGGAUGGGGUUGGGGGUUGCUGGGCUAUGGGAACUGUAGCAGACUGAACAAGCCAUGGGUAGCCAGAACAGAGUAGCACUCCUCCACGGCCUCCACAGCACUUUCUACUUCUGGUGUCCUCCCUUGAGUUUUUCCCCUGAGUUCCUGAAUUUAUGAACUACAAGCUGUAAAAUGAACUGAACCCUUUCCUCCCUGGCUUAAUCAGGGUUUCUAUUCCUGCACAAACAUCAUGACUAAGAAGCAAGUGGGGGAGGAAAGGGUUUGUUCAGCUUACACUUCCACAUUGCUGUUGAUCACCAAAGGAAGUCAGGACUGGAACUCAAGCAGGUCAGGAAGCAGGAGUUGAUGCAGAGGCCGUGGAGGGAUGUUUCUUACUGGCUUGCUUCCCCUGGCUUGCUCAGCCUGCUCUCUUAUAGAACCCAAGACUACCUAAGCCCAGAGAUGGCACCACCCACAGGGGUCCUCCCACCUUGAUCUCUAAUUGAGAAAAUGCCCCACAGCUGGAUCUCAUGGAGGCAUUUCCUCACCUAAAGCUCCUUUCUCUCUGAUAACUCCAUCGUGUGUCAAGUUGACACAUAAACCCAGCCAGGACACUCCCCAAGUUCCUCCAGGUUAUGGUGUUUUACCACAGCUAUAGAAACCCUCAGACCUUCUCACUUGGUCACUCCCUGAUCUUGUUCUUCCUUUCAGCUGUGACUUGCAGCCUAUCCCCCAGCCUCUGGUUUGUUUACCUGAGAUUUUUGUUUGUUUUGUUCAGAGUCAGGUUCUUUGUGGCCCCAGCUGGCCUGGAACUCAGUGCGUAUAGACCAGGCUUGCCUUGAACUCGCCGAGACCAUCUGCUCGCACCUCCCAAGUGCUGGGACUAAAGGAGUGUGAACAAGUGUAUGACACAGAGGUUGGCCGCACCGUCUCCCUGGAACUCGGAGCUCUGAUGUGGCUAGGCUGCCUGACCCGGAACUCCGCGGCUUUCCGCUUGUGCUUCCUUCCCUAGCCCUGAGGUCACAAGUGCACACCAGCUGCUUACCGGGUGCUAGGAAGCUACGAGGGUUUGGUGUUUAUGAAGCAAGUGCUUUACUGACUGAGGAUUUUUCCAGCCCCAGCUCAUGCUCGCACUGUCUCUCUGUCUUUCUCUUUAAGAAAUGUAUUUAUUUUAUGUGCAUACACUAUUGCUGUCUUUAGACACACCAGAAGAGAGGCAUCUAAUCUUAUUGCAGAUGGUUGUGAGCCACCAUGUGGUUGCUGGGAAUUGAACUCAGGACUUCUGGAAGAGCAGUCGGUGCUCCAGCCCCCACCCCAGCUUCUCAAACAUCUGUCAUCACUUAAAAUCUCCAUAUAACCUAUUUGGCAGGUGGUGUAAAAUAAGCAGUUAUGGCCAGUUGUGGGCGUGUGUGCAUAUAGUCCCAGUGCUUGGGAGGCCGAAGCAGUAGAAUGAGAAGUUUAAGACCAGCCAAGACUAACAGAGACCUUCAAAAACCCACGAAAUCCUAAGUUCUGAAGGAAAAGCAGGCAUUUGCCAGAGGAGGAGGAAGGAGAGGAUGUGCUGAGCUGGCACAGGCUUGCAGUCUGCCUCUGCUGCCAGCUCGGUGCCCGCAUGGUCAAGUCAGACCGGCAAAGGAAAAAGAAGCAGGCGUGUAGUUCAUGGAUUCAGAAGUAGGACGGUUGCCUGGCAUGCGAGAGGCUGUAGAUUCAACCCCUGGCACCUAAGGGGGUUAGUGGGGAGGCUAAGACUGGAGGAUCUGAGAUUCAAAAAUCAAGGCCAACCUGGGAUACAUAAUGGGAGAGAGAGAGAGAGAGAGAGAGAGAGAGAGGGAGAGGGAGGAGAGAGGAGAUAGAUCCACAAACCAAACAAAAAAGCACAGCACAUGGCUGUAACAGAUUUGAGAAGCAGGAGAUUUCACUUUUGAGGCCACCCUAGGAUACAUACUCAGGCCCUAGACCUCAUAAAAGAAGAAAACAAAAGGCACAGUUGGAAAGGCAGUGCUUGUCAUAGGCCUGAUAGCAAGGUGCUACCCUGAUCCUGAGAAUCAGCGGACAAACUGUUUUAGAUUAACUUAUGUGUCUGCCUGCGUGAGUUUAUGUGCACCUCAUUUGCACAAGAGUCCAUGGAGGCCAGAAGAGGGUAUCCGCUGCCCUGAAAUGAGUUGCAGGUGCCUGUGAGCUGCUCUGCGGGUGCUGAGAACCAAACCCUGCUUCUCUCUGAGAGCAGCAAGCACUUAAUCACUGAGCCAUGUCUCUAGCCUCAACUUAGUCUUAAGUGGAAAUAAAAAUCAGAUUUGUGAGCUUAGGGAAAGGGCUCAGUGAGCAAGAUAGCUUCCUCUGCCAGUAUGAAAACCCCAUAUACUCACAACCCCAGGAUUGGGCGGUAGAGAUAGGUGGAUGCAGGGAGCUCACGGCCACCCACAUCAGCCAAAAUGGCCAGCUUCCAGUUCAUUAGCAGACUCAAGGCUAUAAGGAAGUGUGACGGGAAAACACCCAAUGUCCUACUCUGGCCUCUGCAUGGUGGGCAUGUAGGUACACGUGUCCACACAAAUGCUUCCAGUUCAUUAGCAGACUUAAGGCUAUAAGGAAAUGUAAGAGGAAGUCACCCAUGUCCUACUCUGGCCUCUGCAUGCGUGGGCACACGUGUCCACACAUAAAUGCUUCAACUGGAGGGGAGUAGCAGGCUUGCAGGCAACCAUUUCGUUGAUAGAAGGUUGUACUAAGCAGGAAUGGCAGUGCGCAUAGGGCUGUGAGGGCAUUGUUUUUAUAUGUGUGCUGUGUGGGUAGUAGUGUGUCUAAGAAUGUGCAUCCGUGUUCAUAUGGAAGCUGAAGGAGGACGUCAUAUGUCCUUCAUCACGCUUGUUUUAGUCCAUUGAGAUGGGAUCUUACUGAAAUGCCCUGAAGCUGGCAUUUCUGGCGUAGGUGGGAAAGUCAGCAAACCCCAAUGACGUGCACGUGUCCACCCUACUCAGGGCUGGAACUGCACCUGGCUCUUUUGUAGAUGCUGGGACUGAACUCAGUCUUCGUGUGUGAAUAGCAAGAUCCCUUAACUGCUGAGUGACCUCUCUAGAUCCUUUGAGGGCUUUAUGAUUGAAAAAUAGGUUAAAGAGACAGGAUUUGAUGAUAUAAUACAUUGGAUGUAGGCACCAAGGCAGACAGUGCUGGUGUGAUAUCUGAUAAUCUAUGUUCAGGACAACAUGGGAGUCUUAAGAGUAGGAAAUAGUUCAGUUUUGAAUAUGAAUUUGAGGUGCAGAGAGAAGACAUGUUCCUGUAAUAUUUAGUAAGCAAAUAGGCACGAUCUUGAACCCCAGUAAGUAUCUGGGGUGGAACUGGCACAAGGAGCAAUCAGAAUAAACGUGAAAUCUGGAGUCUUGAGGGUGUGUGAGAGCCCUAGGGGAGGAUGUGAGGGUCCGAGAAAAGUAAGCUUGUGAUUACCACAUAGACAGGGUUGGGGGAUGUGGGUUGAUGGUAGAAUGCUGGCCUAGCGCACACAAGGCCCUGGGCUUAAACAACAGUGGAAACAAGACAAAACUGGAAGCUGAUGCUGCUCCAGUGGAAGAGUGACUAACAGGAUGGGGAAAGCCAAGAGCAUUCCAGAUCGUGUGAGGCAAGAACGCAGGGCAAGACUGAAUGCAGACUGCUUCAACACCGCAGUCUGUGUACACCCUGGCAUGGUUCUCAUGCUGGAUUAUAGAAGCAUAGGUACUUUUUGUUUGUUUGUUUGGUUGGUUGGUUUUUUGGUUUUUUGGGUUUGGUUUUUUCGAGACAGGGUUUCUCUGUGUAGCCCUGGCUGUCCUGGAACUCACUCUGUAGUCCCGGCUGGCCUCGAACUCAGAAAUCUGCCUGCCUCUGCCUCCCAGAGUGCUGGGAUUACAGGCGUGCGCCACCACUGCCCGUCAGCGUAGGUGCUCCAUUGGCCUUGUUCGUUAGUUUAACAUAGUAUAUUCUGCAUAUUAUUCACCACAUGGCAGAUACUGAGUAACAUAAAGGGGCCACAGGGGAGACUCACCAGGUUGUGUAAAGUGCCUUUUGAAAUGAUUAUGUUCCGAACUGGACUUCAUUUCAAGCUUUGUGGCCAAUGAUGAGGAAAAGUGUAUGGAACUUGGGACCUUGGAAGUUCUGUAACUAAGACAUGGAAGUAACAACAGCCAGCCAAGACAAAAAGAAUGUUCUUUUCUUUUCCCUUCCAAGUUCUUAGUGAAGGGCCGAGCCCAGCAUCCCAGACUUGUGUGACUAGGUAAACACUGGGACACUAACUUCACUUCAGUACUCUCCCUUCAGAAGCUCAAGGUGGCUUCUCAGUAGACAGAGGCUUGUAAGUAUCAAAGCUCCCCACUGCGCAAGCCCAACAUCAUGGGGAAGGGAGACACCUCGGAAACAGCAUCAGCCACUCCAGCCUAUCGCUCUGUCAUGGAGGAGUAUGGUUAUGAGGUAGGCAAGAUCAUUGGCCAUGGCUCCUAUGGGACUGUAUAUGAGGCUUACUACACAAAGCAGAAGGUCAUGGUGGCUGUCAAGAUCAUCUCGAAGAAGAAGGCCUCUGAAGACUAUCUCAACAAGUUCCUACCACGUGAGAUACAGGUAAUGAAAGUCUUACGGCACAAGUACCUCAUCAACUUCUACCAGGCCAUUGAGACCACAUCCCGAGUAUACAUCAUUCUGGAGCUGGCCCAGGGCGGUGAUGUCCUCGAAUGGAUCCAACGAUAUGGGGCCUGCGCUGAGACCCUUGCUGGCAAGUGGUUCUCCCAGAUGGCCUUGGGCAUCGCCUACCUGCACAGCAAGGGCAUCGUGCACAGCCUGACCCCCAGCCUUUCUGCUGCUGGUAGGGACUUAAAGUUGGAGAACCUGUUGCUGGACAAGCGGGAGAAUGUGAAGAUAUCGGACUUUGGCUUCGCCAAGAUGGUGCCUUCUAGCCAGCCUGUGCGUAGUAGCCCUUCUUACCGCCAAAUGAACUGCCUUUCCCACCUCAGCCAGACCUACUGUGGCAGCUUUGCUUACGCCUGCCCGGAGAUCUUGCUGGGCUUGCCCUACAACCCUUUCCUGUCCGACACCUGGAGCAUGGGCGUCAUCCUCUACACUCUAGUGGUGGCACGGCUGCCCUUUGAUGACACCAAUCUCAAGAAGCUGCUGAGAGAAACCCAGAAGGAGGUCACUUUCCCAGCUAGCCUCGCCAUCUCCCAGGAGUGCAAGAACCUGAUCCUCCAGAUGCUACGCCAAGCUACCAAGCGUGCCAACAUCCUAGAUGUCCUCAGGGACCCCUGGAUGCUCAAGUUCCAGCCUGAGCAACCCUCGAACGAAAUCAGGCUGCUCGAGGCCAUGUAUCAACCCGCCAGCACCAGCACCGCUACUCGUCACCAGUCCUUGGAAAUCACAACUUGAAAGUGGCUGAGGCAGGAGGCUAAGGAAAAAAAGCAAGAGAGACUGGGGGUUAAAAUCUUUUCUAUAAAAUAAACCUAAUUAGUUUCACCAUGUAGGGUCAAAGACAUUCUUUCCUCAAGAGAGUCUUAAUAGACACCACAACUGAAGGAUGGCUUUCUGCCCAGAGCCUGUACCACCAGUGCUCCUGACGCGUUUGGCAGUUAAAUGACGUUGACUCGGGGGAGCUUUAGUGUGCCAACUAAGUUUGUGAGUUUGGGGCUCUUAUCUCACAUUUUUGUUCUCUAAUGUUCUAGUGGCAGAUGGGAUGGAGAUGGGGGGGGGUAUAGUUUUGUUUUGACUUGGGCUCUGCCCAUUUACAGUUCAAAGCAAUGCCAUCAUUCUUUCUGUCCUGUGUUUGCUCCUAACUUGGGUAAAAGUUUUAAUUGGAAAGCAGAGUUAACAAAAGGGAAAGGAGCCGGGUGUGGUGGCGCACGCCUGUAUUCCCAGCACUCGGGAGGCAGAGGCAGGUGGAUUUCUGAGUUCGAGGCCAGCCUGGUCUACAGAGUGAGUUUCAGGACAGCCAGGACUAUACAGAGAAACCCUGUCUUGAAAAAUCAUAACAAACAACAACAACAAUAACAAACAAAAAAACAAAAGGGAAAGGGACAGGCCUAACCUCUAGGUACCUUUCCCUCCAGAAUCACUUUAGCCACUACUAAAAGAAUGGCAGAGACCCAGGGCUCCUAAAACCAUAGCUCCUAAGUACGGCAAUACUAGAGUUCAAGUCAAGCCGUGUAGUGAACUGUUAGAAAAAAGAAAGCUAUUUGCCCCUGCAAAAGGCAAGUGGGCUAGCUUGUUAGAGACAUAACUGAGCCAAAGCAACGAGACAGGCUCAGAUUGGCUCCUUACGGUUUGACUUCUUCUCUCCUUCUCCCUUUCCUUUCUCUUCCCCUCCCCCUCCUUCAAAUAUCCUAGAACCCCCUCUGGAGCUUAGGCUAGCCUGAAAUUCACAGUCCUGUCUGAGCCUCCAGAGUGCUGCUGGGACUACAGGCAUGUGCCACCGUAUCUGACUAUCAGUGCCACUAUAAGAUAAAUAAUAAAAGAUUCCCCUGUUUUUCUUUCUUUUUCUGGGGGUAAGGGUGCAUAGGGACAAGGUAUACCCUGACUGUGCAGCCCUGGCUGGUUGGAACUCAGUUCAGCCAGUCCUUGCCUCCUUGGGUGCUGUGAUUAAAAGCAUGUGCCAC